GGGUGGGGAGUGUCGUAGGAGGGCACUGCGCGAGAGUGGUGGGGAUUCUCCGCAGAGCCGGGGGGAGCCCCAUGCGGUUCCGGGGUCUGAGCCGCCCAGCCUGCAACUUCUGAAAUGACCGCAUGCGGCUAAACCCCUCUGCCCUGUGAUUCCAGGCAGCACCUCCCGGGGACUUCUCAGCUGCCCUCUGCGGACUGUCCGGGCUGAAAAACGGGGUGUGGGGUGCCAGGACAGGUUCCUGCUCCCCAAGAUCCGGGAUCUGGAUCGGGGAUCGCCUCCGAGGGGCCGCACGCGCGUGUGCAGGCGGAUGUGAGGCGCAUCUCAAUUGGCGGGCGGGGGAAGCGGAUCAGGUUGUUACUACUGCAGAGCGCGCGAGCGAGGGAGCGGGAGGAGAGCCGCAGCGCUGGCCGGCGCGGGAGUGGGAAGAGGGGACCUGGACUUCGGGGCGGCAGACUCCCGCUGCCUUCUCCACCAGCCCACACCGAUCGGCUCCCGGAACAUCUCCGGCUGUCCCCUCUGCCACCAUGAGAAACAUCUUCAAGAGGAACCAGGAGCCCAUUGUGGCUCCGGCCACCACCACUGCCACAAUGCCUCUGGCACCCGCCGCACCUGUCGAUAACUCUACAGAGAGCACGGGCACCGGGGAGAGCCAAGAAGACAUGUUCGCCAAGCUGAAGGACAAAUUCUUCAAUGAGAUCAACAAGAUCCCUUUGCCCCCCUGGGCUCUGAUUGCCAUGGCCGUGGUUGCUGGCCUCCUGCUGCUCACCUGCUGCUUCUGCAUCUGUAAGAAGUGCUGCUGCAAGAAGAAGAAAAACAAGAAGGAGAAGGGCAAAGGCAUGAAGAACGCCAUGAACAUGAAGGACAUGAAGGGGGGCCAGGAUGAUGACGACGCGGAGACAGGCCUGACUGAAGGAGAAGGAGAAGGCGAGGAGGAGAAAGAGCCGGAGAACCUGGGCAAAUUGCAGUUUUCUCUGGACUAUGAUUUCCAAGCCAACCAGCUCACCGUGGGCGUCCUGCAGGCUGCUGAACUCCCGGCCCUGGACAUGGGUGGCACGUCAGACCCUUAUGUCAAAGUCUUCCUCCUCCCAGACAAGAAGAAGAAAUAUGAGACCAAGGUGCACCGGAAGACACUGAACCCAGCCUUCAACGAAACUUUCACCUUCAAGGUGCCAUACCAGGAGUUAGGAGGCAAAACCCUGGUGAUGGCUAUCUAUGACUUUGACCGCUUCUCUAAGCAUGACAUCAUCGGGGAGGUGAAAGUGCCCAUGAACACGGUGGACCUUGGCCAGCCCAUCGAGGAAUGGAGAGACCUACAAGGCGGAGAGAAGGAAGAGCCAGAGAAGCUGGGUGACAUCUGUACCUCCUUGCGCUACGUGCCCACUGCUGGGAAGCUCACCGUCUGUAUCCUGGAGGCCAAGAACCUGAAGAAGAUGGAUGUGGGGGGCCUCUCAGACCCCUAUGUGAAGAUCCACUUGAUGCAGAAUGGCAAGAGACUCAAGAAGAAGAAGACGACGGUGAAGAAGAAGACCUUGAACCCCUACUUCAAUGAGUCAUUCAGCUUCGAGAUCCCCUUUGAGCAGAUCCAGAAAGUCCAGGUGGUCGUCACCGUGCUAGACUAUGACAAACUGGGCAAGAAUGAAGCCAUUGGAAAGAUCUUCGUAGGCAGCAACGCUACAGGCACGGAGCUGCGGCACUGGUCCGACAUGCUGGCGAACCCUCGGAGGCCCAUCGCCCAGUGGCACUCUCUGAAGCCUGAGGAAGAAGUGGAUGCUCUUCUGGGCAAGAACAAGUAGGCAGCGGCGGCUGGGGCCACGCCCCAGAGGACACUGACGAGCUCCAGAGCUAUCAAUACCUCAGUUAUGCGACCUUAGAGGUUUCUUCAUUUGUUUGCGGUGUGUCCUGUUUUCCUUUCCUUUUUCUUUUUUUGUCUUUUUAAAAACCAACUUCCUUUUGGUGGCUAUGUGAAGAGUCCCCUAAGACGUGAAAGAGAAGCCUGGCUCUGUUAUUGUCCCAGGAGCUGUCCUUGUUGCAUGCCCUAUCACGGUUUCCCCUCACCCCAAGUGGGGCCCUCUACUGUCAGAGUGGAAGCACUUCCUGCUUUUCCUGGGUUUUGGACCAACAAAGUGGCAAGCACAUUCUGUGUCUCGACUGUGUGUGUGUGUGUGUGUGUGUACACGUGUGCCCAUCCAUCCCCACCUUGCCUCUGUUUGGAAUAUCUCUUCGUUUCUGGAAUGAGUCAUGGACAAUGAUGCCGUGUGAGAGAGGAAAGUCUUCAGGUACUCCGAGGUGAGGAGAGCCCACUGCUUAAGUGGUCAGAGGCCAGAAGCUCUCAUAGUCCUUGCGAAAGGCCAUUUGGAAGACGCAAGAUGUGAUACUGGAUGUGUUCCGAACUAGGACCAAAGGCUUGAUGCCAUCCCAGACUCCCUCUUGUCAGUCAUGGCUUCCCCAGGAGUGGGGCUUUGGGAUCAUUCAUGAAAAUAAACUAUUUACUCGACUGGUCGGAUUCAGCCAGGGACCGCCAGCUCCAGGAUGUCAUUCUUGUUGACGACAUCAAACUUUGAAGAAACAGAAGUCCCAUUACUCAGCUCUGGAUCUUUGCCUCGUCCAGUGGGAGGCAGAUGCUUCCCCCCUCUGCAGAGUACAAGCAGUGCGUUCAUUUGCAUUCACGCACCAUCUGCUUUUGCCUCUGUUUCCCUUUUUGUGUAAGUGGAAAAAUACCAUCUGACGAUAAGUGCUUUGCACAGAGCCAGAGACCUAUUAGAGGGACGCUUGGGUGUUUAGUUCCCUUGAGGUCCAGGUAAGGAGGAGGUGUCAAGAAGGGGAGCGUUGGUGGACAGUGACAAGCUAGACAUUGCAGAGCUCCUCACAACUCCUAUUCCUGACCCUCUGGACCCUUUGACCCUCAGUGAUGGUAGCCGGAGUAGCCCAGGCAGACCUUAGGAGAGGCCCCGUCCUUCCCUUCCUUAGACAGUUUUCUCAGAAUGCCAGGAAACACAGCGCAUUCAUUUCAGAUGGGUGGUGGAGAAAAUGUGCUAAGGUUUGCACCCUAUGUUCAGUUUGUGUUUCCUUCCUGUUCCCUAGUUGUCCCCAGCAUUGAUAAAAAAGCCAUAUAUAUGUUAGUCAGGCUUGGACUAAGUAUCCUUCCCAACCUUCUGCCUGGGCAAGGGGCGUAGGCUCCUUGUAACCUGAGGCUGCUCCUUUCCCUUGGUCUUACAUUUGUUCUCCAAUCUCUCAGGCCUUUGUUCUCCUACCACCGGAAGUAUACAGCUUUCCGGAAGUCGGUGGGGGACGGGGCGGGGGGGGGGGAGGAUGUGGGGCACUCGAUUCAACAGCAAAUGUGGCAGGACUUCUGCUCUGCCCCACCUGGGUCCUUCUGCUUCUUGUGGGUCUCAGAGAUGAAUGGUGUUGUAGAGUUUGGCUAUGAGAACCCAGCAUGGAGGAGGUGUAGUGUCUUAAUUUUAGUGAAAAUGGGGGAUAUGUGGGUUUGCUUUGCUUUUUUGGUUUGUUUGUUUGUUUGUUUUGGUUUAAGUAGGGAGUGAGGUAACACUUCCACCAGAAACAGACUGUGAAGUAGGUUCGACCUGCCUCUCUUUUAGAGACCCUUCUGCUAUUGGCCCUUGGUACAUGGGAAGUUGUGUAUUUUAUACACUCUCUGUGUUUAUGGUACACAUGGAGAAGGGAGGACUCUGAUAGGAUUAUGGGCUGUAGUCCUUGGGACCAGGGUUCAUUCUGCUAAUGGUAGAACAUCGUUAGGCUAUCAGGUACACUCAGAGUUCAGGUGGUUGGAGAGUACCAGGGUCCUGGCAUGGACAUCUGAUGUCACUGGAUUCCUUUCUGUAGAAUUCUGGUGCUUUCCCGGCCCCUCCCCACACUGGCUCUUCUCUCACAUUCCAUAAACUCCAUUCACAGAAACUCCCGUCAAUCUUACCCUUCUUCCAGCUUUCCCCAGUCAUACUUAACUCCCUGGCUUCUCUCCUAUAAACCUCAUCUAGCCCUUCCUUCUACAGUCCUACUGUCCUGCUGACAGAGGGAAGGACUGACAGAGGGAAGGAAAGAGAGAAGGAAUAGUGGGUGCCUCUGCGGUUUGAAUGUCCCUGGGCUGACACAGGCUAGGGCUCAUUACUGUGGGCAGCCUGCCAGGACUUUUUAACUCUAGUUUGGAGUCAGCGUGGAUGCUGGGAGUGGUUCCUCUUCAGGCUUGGGGCUGGUCCCAGACUAGCCACCCAAGCAGAUGGCAGCGGUCCAGGUCCAGAGGCUAGGCAGGAACAUGUUGGGGCUUCAGGUUUUCUGCACUAGGGGGGGCUGAUAUGACCCAGACCUCAGCACUGCAUUCCAAACCUUCACUGCCACCGGGCUUCUCUUGGGAUGCCAGGGUCCUGGGUUAUCAACACUGAGCAGAGAGAGUCAAUGUUUCUGGCUGGCGAGGGAUUCUGGAUACUUCUGUGGAUGAAAGUUUUUAUCCCAAAGAGAGGAAAGUAUUUACUCGAGGGUUUGUUUGCUUUCGUUUUUAAAGAGAACUUAUGACCAUGACUACCCACUCAACUCCACUGAGGAUCUGGGGGCACCAGUUCUCCUUGAAUGAUCCUCCCAGAAGCAAGGCAACCUCUGCAGUGCCUGGGGGCAGUUUUGGUGACUUAGAAACACAGGCUGGCCCAGGGACCAGGGAGCUCCCAGCCAAACAAGUGCUUGGAAUGAGCAGGGUGAGGCCCAGCCAGAGACCUGUCUUUCUUCCCAGGAAGCCAACAUUGUUUUGUUUUGGUAGAAGUGGUCUGUGGUGAUUUUGCUGGCCCAAGACCCAGUGAAGGAGGUGGGAGGCUUUUUACCACAGGCCUCUUCAUAAAGGUAGCUUUUAGAAACACGCCUCUGUGCUGGACGUUAAGGGUGGCUGAUGCUAGCAAAGUGGAAGGACUCCCUCGUUCAUUUAAUGUCACGUCAGUUCUUGAGAAUCCCAGGCCUCUGACCCCUGCCUAACCCUAACCCUAACCCUAACCCUAUAUAGCAGCCGUCUUCCUGAAGGUAGGGAGAGAUCAAAGUUUCCCCAUCCUGUGCUCAGCCUGCUGCUGUGUGUUCCUCUCUGCAGGCUGCCUGGGGUCUUUUCUCAGAGCUAGUGGGUAGCAGUAGGGGACCUACAGCCCCACGAUGGCUGCCAGAUUUGGCAAAUACAAAUACAGGAUACUUGGCUAAACUUGAAUUUCAGAUAAGCAAAUAAUUUUGGAAGUAUAAGGAUGUCCUAUGCAAUAUUUGGGACAUACUGUACUAUAAAGUGACCCACUGUUUAAUGUGAAAUUUAAGUUUAACUGGCUAAUCCUGCACUGUGUCUGGCAACGCACCCUCUGGCUACUUCGUCCCUCUUUUCUUCAGUCCCAGGGGCCAGAGGCCGGUGACCACCGUUUUGAUUUAGCCUGUCUUUUGAACUGCAAUAUCAAGAAGGGGACACUGUGGCUUGAAGAUAUAGGAAUAUACUUUAUUUUUGAAGUAACAACAAAACAGGAACCUUCUGAAGCCAUUGAGCCUCAUUGGAUGCCCCCCACCCCCAUGUUCAUUUAGUUAUAUAUUAUAAAAGAAGAUGCUAUCUAUAAACACACGAGCAGAAUCUUGUUUAAUCAAGAUGCAUGUCUACAAUUCUGUAAAUAGCCGCAUGGCCAUGCUGAGAGCCCCCUUGAUCUCCCAACCCCACACCCGUUUUACAGAACUGGCUGCUCCUUGAUUCUGUGUUGUGUAAAGUCUUUGUCCUCACCUCCCCUGCAGGGAAUGACCACAGUGGGAGAUAAUGUUCUGGCCCUGGUGCCAGCCCUGCCCAGGGAAGAUGCUGAAGGAUACUAGCCCUGAAGGCAGGUCUGCCUCGUGUCUGCAGGGCUAACCCUUGGGGCACGGUGCACUGUCUAGCCUGGCGUCUGGUGUCCCGUUGCUUCUGUGUUCCGUGUGUGUGACGUGAUUCUUCCUUCCCACUGUCUUGAAUAAACUGAAAAGCCAUAAAGGGCCUCCUACUGGAGGGUGCCCUAAACUCCUUCCAGGAGCCCCCCUGUCCCUCUAACUGGCUCCCCACAGAACACUUGUGAAGGGCUCACCUGUCCGUCACCCUCUCUUGCUCCCUUAGCCCUGUGUCAUGAGGACAGUUGGUGUUUCAGGGCUUCUGGUGGGGUCUCAGGAGAUGCCCCUGGCUGGCUUUUGUGGCCUCAGUCUGAUGGUUGAACUCUACUGAGUAUAGGCAGGGCAGUGGUUUUGACUCUGUGGCUUGGAUAUCCUCUGAGAGGCCUGGAGGCAACCAGGGUUUUCAGAAGCAGUCAGCAGCCCAGCCUAUAGUCAGGUUCUCAGUGGCAGCCUGGGAUGAACAAGGCCAGCCCUGCCUACUUUUCCCUGAGCUGUCAGGACCACAGAAAGCAGUGGAGGAGUGGCCCAUGGGGAAAACCUGAAACUGCAGUGGUUAAACUUCCUACCCUCUCUCUCUUUUGUCUAGCAGUGCCACAGAGCAGGGUGCUCGAGAGCAUGGUGGUAGUGUGGUGGCGAUAAGGGGUCACUCACAAUGGAGGAGCACAUCCGCUCCCAGGGCAGCCUGAGCAGGCAUGGCAUGUAGUGAUUGUUUGGGUAGACAGGGCUGGAGCAGCUUGGGCACCCAGAGGACUCCCCAGAAGCCAGUCAUGUAGUACUAAUCCAGGGGACCUCAGGCAGAAUUGGGCAAGUGUAUUGGCCAUGGCCAGGGGCAACAACGUGGGGUUGGCUGGAGACUUCCAGCCUCCACAGAAACUGAAAUUGGGAACCGUGGCAGCGGAGUCAUGCAAGGUGGCAGGAGCUGUGUGUGGAUCUCAGUUUCACCCCCAGCUUUACUCGGCAGCUGGGAGUUCAGGGAAGCGAUCUCGAAGUCCGAUCAUCCUGCCCUAAGUCCAGCUCAUCUAAGGAUUUGAUUUGCUUUCUGAAAACCAUAGGCCCAGAAACUUCCAAAGCUGGGGCAGAAGCUGGGUGAGCCCUGCUCCCCCUGGAAUACACUGGCCCACCAGGAGCCCUCCCUGUCUCCCUAAGGAGGACACGUGUAGCCCUCCCCUUCCCUCCCCACUCUGCUUGGCAAUGCUUCCUCCAUUCCCUUAUGUGGGCUCCACUGUUGUCUGAUCUCUUGUCAAAUUGUUAUUUUGUAACGAGCUGCGUCUCCUUAUUAAAGAAAAGAGCUGAAAGCAA